AUGGCUAAGAACUUUGUUGUCUUCGGUGCAACCGGCGCACAGGGCGGUUCUGUGACCCUAGAACUCCUAAAAGCAAACAACAGCAACAGCAAUAGCAACAAGUACAACAUCCUCGCCAUAACCCGAAACCCACGCACCACCCAAGCCCAAAAACUAUCCUCAGCCGGCGCAACACUAGUCCAAGCAAACAUGGAAGACCUGAACUCCUUGAAAGAGAUAGUCAAAGGCGCGCAUUACAUAUUCGUCGUAACGGAUUUCCUAGGCGCCGAGGGCAACAGCGACAGGGAAUUAAAGCAAGGACUCAACGUCCUAGAAGCAGCCAGCUCUCCUGCGUGUCUCGACACGCUCGAGGCCGUUAUCUGGAGUAGCUUGCCGGACGCGAGGAAACAGCCGUGUGCGUAUGAAAAUAUCGUGCAUUUUAAUAGCAAGAGGGCUAUUUCGGAUCGGCUGUGGAAUUCGCCGCUCAGGAGCCGCGUUACUGAGGUGUGGUUGGCGGCGUAUCAUGAGAAUUUUGUUAAUUCUUGGGGGAUUUAUGAACCCCUGAAGCAACCUGAUGGCUCGUAUAUUCUGAGUUAUCCGAUAAAUGCCGACUCAAAGAUACCGUUCAUGUCUGUGACAGACCUAGGUAAACUUAUUACUGUCAUCAUCGAAGAUCCUACCAAAUACCACACAAAGGUGGUGUCCUUUGUCAGCGAGUGGCGUACUCCGUUAGAGCUGCUCGAAUCGUUUAGAAAAGCCACUGGAGUAGAGGCGAGAUUCCAGUCUAUGACUACCGAGCAGUUCAAACAGCACCUAGAGGCUUCUCUCCACUUCCCUAACAAUGUGGCUCUGAGCAUGGCGGAGAACCUAUCAUGCUAUAGGACCAAUCCAAAUAUGAUUACGGACCAUACAGACUAUGCUGCCAAGGAUGCUUGA